CCUAACUUUUGCAAGUGUUUCUGUAUUUAGAAACACCAAGAAAGUGUUUUCUAUUUCUUUCAGAAAAAGCUGUGAGAAAAUGGAAAGGGAGUGGGCCAUUUAUUUUGAUCAUUAAAAUGUAAAUUAUGAGCCAUCCUGGCUCACAGCUUUGUCAACUAAAUGUUAGGAUUUCACAGGAUUUUGCAUGACAAUAUGUAUGUUAUGAAAAAUGAUUGACUAAAAGAUGAAAUCAGCAUGUGGUGAACAUUGGACAAAGAACAAUCUGAAUUCCUGACAGGAUUCAAACAUAGAUGACCUCCCAGAAACUGGUCGUGCCAUCUAACCACUAAGCCACUGGGAUACUCAUGGUGAACUGUCCUGCAUAUUGCUAGGAUCAGAAGUGCUGAAAGCAUCAUGACAUGGUGAACUUUUAAGUUUAGUGAACAAAUCAAAUGUGAAAGAUUAAAUGUUUGGCACUUCACAAGUGUGGAACAAAAAAAAAUUGAGUCCCAGAGGGCAUUUGAACUGAUGACCAACCAGAUAUUAGUCAGGUGCUUUAACUUCUUUGCACAGAGUGACUCAUGGUCAUGACAUUAUUGCAUUACUCAAUUUGUUUGACAGGGAAGCGAAGAUCAAGAAUUACAUAAAGUGGAGUGUUUUGAUGAUGGUGGUGAAGAUGAAGAUAUGGCUGUUGUGGCUUUUAAGAAUGAAAGAAUCAAAGAAAAAGAGAUAAGUUUUGCUGAUGAUUUAGAGAAAGUUGAAAGACUAGAAAACAGUCAUAGACAGAGCCCAAGUGGGCAGAUUGAAUCUUGUGAGACUAUUCAUGAACAAGCCCAGGAUGAGGAUUUGCCAGACGACAAUUUGGAGGGAGCAGUUGGUGGGGAGACUGAUCACCACACAAGUCAGGAACAGACAGAUAUGGAAUCAGAUAGUAAAGACACCUUGAGUGAUCUGUCAACACUUCCUUUACCCAUCUUGGACAGCCAUAUGGAAUCACGUUCUGUUCCUGGGCUUGUUGUGUCGGACAUUUGGAAGAUCGAACAAGCAACUCAUGGUCUUCUCUUGCAGACCAAAAGUGAAGGCUCAAAUGUGAAUGGAACAACCAGUCCAAGGAACAUGUAUCAGGCUCUUGUCUCAGCCCUAGAAGGCCAUGGACCUCCCAGAACACAGACCAGCUCAGGGGACAUAAAUGGUGGGGCAUCAUUUGAGUCUAGACUUGGUACUCAGUCAGGAAUUGAAAGCAGAUCUGGGUCAGAGUACGAGGGAGCAAGUCUUUCUCGGCAUGAAUCACAAAGUGAGAAAUCAGUUGCUCCAAGAAUGCGAUCAAUAUCAGACAUUGUACGAGAAACCGAAGAUGGUGGUGAAGGAGAAGAUGAUAGACAAGUUGGAGCAUCUGGUAUUGACACUCCUUCAAUCUUGGACACAUUGUCUUUGCAAGACUCUGGCAGAUUUCAUCAAUCAACAAGCUCACAACCAGAGUCAAUAGAUAGUGUAAGUGUUACCACGAUGAACAAAGACACGGCUUCCACCGUGGCACAGACAGGGAGUAUAGGAGAACCAGAUGGAUCAGGAAGAGAAAGCUCAGAUCUCAUACUUGCACGACGAUCAUCAUCUUUAGCUCGCAGAAGGAGAACAAGCUUGCAGAGGAGGAGGAGAAGAGAUGAAACAGGGGCUAUUCGGCGACGCAGACGUAAUGAUUCGGGAGCACUGGCUGAUGUUCUGCUUCAAGCUGUUGAUAAUGCAGGAGCCUCUUCGACUCACAUGGCAUCAUCACAUGAUGAUACCUCACCUGGAGCUCUACAUUGCUUUCAAGAUGAGUUCGGUGUGUGGCAGACCUAUGUUUUUAAUUCAGAUUCACCAUUCAGUACUGUGAUACAGCCAGCAGCUCAUUCUCCAUUGCGGAUCAGGGAUUUAGUUGGUAGAGACAACUGGGAAACAAGCAGUUCUGCAUCAACAGUGGUUGUGGACCACACAAAUUUGCCUGGAAACCUUAAUUCACACUCUUCAAACGUGCGCGUCGGAUCGUCCCACUCAAGGUGGCAGGACGCCAUCUCGCCAUUUGCAAGGCCGACAUCUGUCACAUCAACAGUGAUACCCAGACCUCACUACUUUAAAUUUCAGCUCUUUCCAGGAAAAUUCAUGAAAAUUCAAUUUGAUCGACUCGUUCUUUUAGCCCUAAUGGACAGGAACAAGUACAAAAUUGAAGCUGUGGUUUCUGUGUUGCUGGCUGUUCUGGUAGCUGUCCUGGGCUAUUGGCUUCUGCUGGCAGAAUUCUUUAAAGACUUCUGGAUAUUUGUCUUCUGUUUUGUGCUGGCUGGUUGCCAAUUUUCCCUCAUUAAGAGUGUUCAGCCUGAUGCUGCCUCUCCAACUCAUGGACACAAUCACAUGAUUGUGUUCAGCCGGCCCACAUACUUCUGUGUUUUGGCGAUAUGUAUCCUGGUGCUGGAUAAAUGUGUUCAAUCAGAUGUCGUCACUUUCACUAUUUACGGCAUCCCCUUUGCUACCAACUCCUCACUGACAUAUACUAGAGACUUUCUUAUUGGGUUUAUACUUGGUUUCCCUUUGAUCUUUCUUGUUGGUCUGUUACCUCAAGUCAACACAUUUCUCAUGUACAUACUCGAGCAACUGGACAUGCAUGUUUUUGGAGGAACUGCUAUUACAAGUCUUAAGGGAGCACUAUGGAGCUUGCUUCGUAAUCUGUUAGCAGUCAGUUUUCUUUAUGGAUUCUGCUAUGGGGCGAUGUUGUUGCAUGGUGCACAAGGCGGACAACAUGUGUUAUUUUCUGUGUUCAGUGGCUUGCUUGUUGCCAUUUCUUAUCAUCUCAGCCGCAGUGCUAGUGACCCAACAGUUUUAGGGUCAGUGUUCAAAAAAGCCUUUGGCAAGGAAGCUGUUGAUGACAAUGAUGAAGAAUUCGUGGACCCGCUGCCUGAGAAACUCAGAGCGACUGUGGCCAAGCGUUUGCAGAAUGAUGUUGUGUGCUGUAUAUUUAUCGUGGUGUUUGUUUUCGCUAUUCACUUGAGCACAGUGUUUACAGCUCUUCAGCCCUAUGUCAGUUAUGUCCUGUACGCUGUGGCUGGAUUACUGGGUAUCAUAAAUCAUUAUCUAUGGCCUCAGCUUCACAAGCCACUCCCCUGGCUGUGUUUUGCCAGACCCUUCCUACGGAGUCGCGAGUUCAACCAGUAUGAAGUGAAAGCUGCAGCUAAGAUUAUGGCGUAUGAAUGGCUUCACGUGUGGUUGAACUUCAUAGAAAGGAAUAUCAUUUAUCCAGCAGUGUUCUUGAGUGCCUUAACAUCAAAUGCUAGUACACUUGUCUUGAAGUUUGGCCCAUAUGGUGGUCCAGCGGUUAUCUGUAUUGCGGGUUUGAAGCUGUUACGCUCCUCGUUCUCAGACUCCUCUCGGCAACACCUAGUACUGCUAUGGACGGUUCUGUUCUUUCACUUUGAUUACAGCCAUAGCUCGGAGACGUUUGUUGUGGACUAUUUUAUCAUGUCAAUACUAAUGAACAAGUUGUAUGAACUCAUCCUGAAGGUCCGCUUCGUGGUGACGUAUAUAGCGCCUUGGCAAAUCACGUGGGGCUCUGCUUUCCAUGCCUUCGCUCAGCCCUUUAGUGCUCCUCACUCCGCCAUGCUGUUUUUCCAAGCAGUGGUGUCUUCUGUGCUAUCAGCGCCAUUAAACCCUUUCCUGGGAAGUGCCAUAUUUAUUACGUCAUACGUACGACCGGUUAAAUUCUGGGAGAAGGACUACAACACGAGUCGUGUGGAUCACUCAAACACUCGUCUAUCCUCCCAGCUCGACAGAAAUCCUGGUUCUGAUGACAACAAUCUCAACUCGAUAUUUUACGAACACCUGACAAGGUCCCUUCAGCACAGCCUGUGUGGUGACCUCAUGAUGGGCCGUUGGGGGCCCUUUUCGACAGGGGACUGUUUCGUGUUGGCUUCAGACUAUUUGAACGCAUUGGUUCAUAUCAUAGAAGUUGGUAAUGGCCUGGUCACUUUUCAGGUCCGAGGACUGGAGUUUAGGGGCACGUACUGUCAACAGCGUGAAGUUGAAGCCAUCACCGAGGGAGUCGAAGAUGACGAUGGUUGUUUUUGCUGUGAGCCAGGCCAUCUUCCCAACAUGUUAUCAUUGAACGCUGCGUGCGGUCAGCGGUGGUUAGCAUGGGAAGUAAGUGCGACCAAGUACAUCAUCGAAGGUUACAGCAUCAGUGAUAACUCGGCGGCUUCCAUGUUACAAGUGUUUGACCUGCGCAAGAUUUUAGUUACUUACUAUGUGAAGUCUGUUAUUUUUUACGCGGUGCAGUCACCCAAGCUGGAUCAGUGGUUACGUAGUGACGGGUUACGAGAGCAGCUGACGUCAGUACACGAUCCGCAGUACGUGGAUAUCGAUCGCACGUUUUAUCACAAUAUUGACGAGGAUUAUGAUCUCCGGCAUGGUGGCAUCUCCAAAACUAGUUACCUGAACUGUUACCUAGCUUGGAUUCAGUACUGCGCUUUACGCAAGGACCCGCCUAUCGAGUGUGAAAGAGACUCCUUUCUGGUCACUCUGUGUUUUGCGUUGUGUCUUCUGGCGAGACGAGCACUGGGAACAGCGUCACAUCCACAGUCUGCCAGCCUGGAAUCGUUUUUGUACGGUUUGCACGCUCUGUUCAAAGGAGAUUUCCGAAUCACCGACCCCAAGGAUGAGUGGGUGUUUGCUGACAUGGAUCUCCUACGAAAAGUCGUCGCACCUGGAGUGCGCAUGUCACUAAAACUACAUCAGGAUCACUUCACCUUCCCUGAUGAAUACGAGGAACUUUCAGUCCUUUACGAUGCCAUCUCAUCUCACGAACAAAGCAUGGUGAUCUCGCAUGAAGGAGAUCCAAAAUGGCGGCAGGCUGUGCUUGCUAAUACUCCAUCCUUGUUGGCCCUCAGACAUGUGUUUGAUGAUGGCACAGACGAGUACAAGGUCAUCAUGCUCAACAAAAGAUAUCUGAGUUUCAGGGUUAUAAAAGUCAAUCGCGAGUGUGUUCGAGGUUUGUGGGCGGGGCAGCUUCAAGAACUGAUCUUUCUCAGGAACCGGAAUCCGGAGCGUGGCUCGAUUCAGAAUGCUAAGCAGGCACUACGAAACAUUAUUAACUCCUCAUGCGACCAGCCGAUUGGAUAUCCUAUAUAUGUGUCACCACUCACAACAUCGUAUGCAGACUCCAAUACUCAACUCGCUCGAGUUGUUGGCGGUCCCUUAAGUUUCAACGGUAUAGCUGGUUGUCUCGGCCGUUUAUGGCACCGCAUACGCAUGCGCUGUGGGGCCAGUUGCCAAAGUGGAGGGGAUCUUCCGGAUGGCACAGUGCCGGACGUUUCUAUAGGGCCAACGUUUGCAGAGCGUUGCACGAGUUUCCGCGAGGGUCCCAUAUAUAUAAGCACCCGUAGGUCCACUCCAAGUUCCUCGUUCAACAGGGGCCAACCUGGCUUACGUACAAGUCAAAGAUCUACUGCAAGCUCGGGCUCUAAGAGACCCAGCACGUUAUCUGUGAACAUAGCUCAGCACCAAACGCCUCAGCUCCAGAGCCCUGGGGCCGCAGCUGCAGAGGGCCUAACCCAACGAGUACGGAUUAUUGACCGCGGGCAAGUAUAUGAUAGUAUUAACUUGGGGCGAAGAAUUGAUGUUCAAUGGCCUUCAGAGCUCAUGCGAGAGCGAGGCGGGAGAUCGUAUUGGAAGGACUGGAACCCAGUUGAGGGUGUAGAGGGGACUGUGGUACAUCGCUGGACACCAUGUCACAGGGAUCCCGCCAGGAGGAGCCAUGUAGAUCGACCGAUUGUUUUGGUUAAAAUUGAUGACAAGUUUGUGCCCAUAGCUGAGGCAGGAGUGAUGGAUGCUGGAAUUGAAGUCUAAAUCUCAAAUGUCUUGAUCUGAAAACAAGUUUAGUCAGGCUCUGUGCCUGAUGUCAACACCUGACUUCUCCUUAAUUUUAAAAUACCAAUACAAGGCAAGCAUCCAAGAGUUGAGAACAUAGCAACUGAUACCCAAGGCAAAACUGGUCUGAUAUAUAUAGUCAGGCCCUUGUCAGCCAUCUUGGUUAGUCUGCCCGACAGCAGCGGCUGAUUUCUUCUUAAAAUACCAACACAAGACAAGCAUGUAGGGUUUGAGAACAUAGCAACUGAUAACCAAGACAAAACUGAUCUGAUAUUCUCCCACCCAAUGUUAUACGAAAUGUAUGAAGAUGGGUAAUGAGAAUUUGUCUUUUGACUCCAGGGUUCAGUGAUGGCAGUUUCAGUAGUAACACUUUAAUACUUCAGGAACUUACUCUUUUUUAUUCCAGCAUAUAAGAAUAGCUAAUUACUCUCUCUUGCUGCGCUUGCAUCGUUUUGCUACAACAGUUUUGCCAUCAGUUGUGUUUGAAACACAACAGUGCUGGAAUCGUUGACUGUACAGGUUGAAAUUUGUUGACGGUUUUCACAAUUUAAUAAUUCAUCUGCAAACAAUGACAUGUAAAUGACAAUGUAAACCUGAACAAACCUAAUUGGUGAUGAAACGUGUGACGUUAGCUGUAGAUAAACUUAAACUGUAAAUAUCAAAAACAUCAUUUGUACGUAGCAGAAUAAAUGUUAAUUAUAUUAAGCGAUGACGAGGUCAUCGUGUUUACAAAAAGCGACUUAACGAAUGUAUACUUUCACCAGCUUUGCAAUCAAGACCAGCUGUCGAAUAUUGAACAAGAGGCAUUUUCCGUAAAUGUUUUGGCCUUUCACACGAUUCUAAUUUCAGUUGAAAUUUUGAUUGUAGUUAAAGCUACAAACCACUAUGGGUCGUAAAGCCAGCAGGGUAAAACACGAAAGAGGAAAAGAAUCGCACAAAAACUGGAGCAAAGAUGAGUUACCUGAGGGGUACUCUCCUAUUUGGCCUAUACGGUGUGGUGCCGCCCGACAGGGGAUGCGUUUUGGCCUCGCUGCUCUGAACAGGGUAUAUUAUUGGAUGCAAGUCUGUCCUUAACAGGGUAGAGUUGCACGACUGCCAUCGUGAAAUGUAGUUCAAACAGCAUUCAGCAAGCCGAGAUGGGAGACCUUUGCCGGUCUUCAGAUGGUCAUCAGUCGACAUCAGAUAACAUUUAGGACUGACAAGAUAGCUCUUGUAGGGUUGUCGGGAUACAGGGUCCUAGAAUAGAGGGUGUCGCCUUACUCGGCGUAGAAAUUUUAUAGUUUUCCUCUGUCCUAAAUAGGGUCAAAAUUUGAAACCCUUGGCGGCACGCCUACAUCCAGACAUGGGUCGAGUAUUCCUCUCCCGGGAGUGCUUCAAAAAAGAACGUAGAAAGCAGCCCAAGGCUGAAUAAAUGCGGAAAAAGGCCUAUUAUCAAAUCCAACCGUUUCUAGUCCCUAUUCCCUGUGCAUUUUUUUCAAGUUUUGUUUUCAGUCGAGGCGAUCACUGAACAGAAUUGUCCCACUUUUGUCGUCCGCACUCAUGACUUUAGCCUGAUGGUAGUGGAACUUUAAACGCCCGAUUCAACUGGUAAACCAUAAUUGCCUUCUUCCCGUUUAGUUUUUCCAGGGAAAGUUUGAACCUUUGCUUUAGGGAUCUAGGGGAAUUUUGACCACGUUGAAUUUAGAUCCAGAAUUUAAUUACUUGAAGGAGAAGUCGCUGGAAAGCAAACAUGAGACUAAAUGAUCAAACAAGGAACAUGUCUCAUCGUCUAGCUGCCCCUAGUUCGGACUUCUCUGACUAACGUUUCACGAGGAAAACAAUGCUUGAUAGUCUACCUCGAGAACCUGUAGAAUGUGAUCUUGGGCACAAAUUCAUCGAGAUAAAUUUACAUUUCAGAGAUGACCGAAAAGGGGGUGGAAUAUGGAAAUGUUCCUCUUCCGAGAAAUUAGUAACUCGAGAAACAAUCAGGUCUCUUGGUGAAAAGUUACAAGCUUUUUAUUAAUGUCUCUUGUGUUAUGCUUAAUUUACAGCUUUGGUUGCAAUCACAUUAGGGUGCAACCACUACUACAACUGACUGAAACUGACUGUCCGUAUACAGUCUCACAACUGUGGACAUAAAGGUCAAAACAGUAGCAGCAACAAAAUUUUUAGAACAAUGACAAUUUUUUAGCCUCUGUUUUUUAAAAGCCGGUACCAAUAAACACUUAAAUCAUGAAAAGGGUUUUUCUUUUCAAAUUGACGUUCAAAAUAGUGUGAACAACUUUCUGAACAACAUCAUACGUUUGUAGUAUGUACAUAAUACUUGUAUUCAUAAAAAAAGAGAAAUCAGUGAUUGGUCAAUUUACCUAAGCAAAUACAAAGUGAUGAUAAUGACAUAAUUAGGUGAAGCGUGUUCUGUUGACAUUUUAUUUACCAGAUUGGGGAAAUUGUGCGUACUACAAUGAAAGGGGCACUAUGAGAGUAUGACGUCGAACAGUCAAAACCUAAAAUACAUUUUUAGUGAUGGAAACCUAAAUACAAUAGUCUGCUUUUAGUCCUUGCUUUUGUUGAAAAUUACUACAUGGUGCACUAAACCUAUGAAAGGGGGCGUCCAAAUCACCGGGUUAGCACUCAGUUUUAGUGUGACUUCUAAAACUUGGGCUAUUUCGUGAGCUGGCUAGAUCAUCCAUUUAAAAUUUAUGAGACCCAAUCAGGUUUCACGUAAGUUCAAUAUACAUUCUAGAAUUUUUUUUUUUUUUUUU